AGCCGUUCCUAAAAGUAAAAAUUAAGCUAAGAGGUUUUGGCAACAGUUUUCGCCAUGUGCUUUCAAAACAAUUUUAAUGUUUACACUUUUGCUUUGUGAAAAGUCUUGAACGUUAAUGAUUUAAAAGGUUUUUCUUUCAAUUUAACUUCACCAAAAUGCUAAGAAGACAAGCCAGAUUAAGGCGUGAAUUUUUAUAUGGAAAGUCUGUAGAACAUAAACAAGCUGCAAUUCUAGAAAAGAAAAAGCAAGUUAAAAAGUCACUUGAAGAAAAUAAGGUGUUACCUACAACAGUUAGAAAUCAAGCACUAAGAUUCCAAGAUUCAUUAGAGUGGGAUGAUAAUACUGAAGAUGUCACAACUCAUGAAGAUAAUGAAUAUCGCUGGGCAGGAGUGGAGGAUCCAAAAAUUGUAAUCACUACUAGUCAUGAUCCCAGUGUGAAGUUGAAACAGUUUGCUAAAGAAUUAAGGCUUGUUUUUCCUAAUGCACAACGUUUGAACAGAGGAAACUAUGACUUAAAGCAUUUAAUUGAUGCUUGUAGAGCUAAUGAUGUCACAGAUUUCAUAAUUGUCCAUGAAACUAGAGGAAAACCAGACAGUCUUAUCAUCAGCCAUUUACCCCAUGGACCAACAGCACGUUUUACAAUUGUAAAUACCAUCAUGAGACAUGAUAUUAAGGAUGUUGAAACAAUGCCUCAGGAAUAUCCUCAUCUCAUAUUCCAUAAUUUCAAAACUAAACUGGGCCAAAGGGUUGUCAACAUUUUAAAGCAUUUAUUUCCUGUACCUAAGGAUGAAAGCAAACGUGUAGUCACAUGUAUAAACCAUGAAGAUUUCAUAUUAUUUAGGCACCAUCAGUAUUACAAAGAAGAUAAUAAAGUUCUCUUACGUGAAUUGGGUCCAAGAUUUGAACUGAAGUUGUAUGAAAUUAAAUUGGGCACUUUGGAUCAGGAUGCAGUUGCCGAUGUCGAAUGGUCUCUACGUCCGUACACAAACACAGCAAGGAAACAAAGAUUUCUUAGUAAAGAUGCUUUGUAAAUUCA